AUGAGUAGGUCCCACGUAGUUGCGUUAUUGAAGGAGCAACUUGAAACCAUCGAACAAAAGAAAUCAAUCAAGCUAAACUCCUUACCGUCUACCAUCAAGCCAUCAGAAUUGAUAGAUACAAUUUAUGAUUUUUUGACUAGUUGUGAUCCAUCGUUGGAAUUAGAGAAAUUGGCAAUACUGAAUUGCCAUCUCACGGACUUACCAUCAAACUUCCACAAGAUUGCAUCGUCUAUAAAAUAUUUGGAUUUACACCAGAAUUCGAUUUCAUAUAUUCCUCAAGAAUUUUUUUAUCAUUUUGAUGCUUUGGAAAUCUUGGAUUUAGCAUCUAAUGACUUGGAAUAUUUGCCUGACUCGUUAUCUUCUGUUACCACGUUGAAAGUAAUAUCUAUCAAAGAUAACAAUUUCAAGUACAUAUCACCACAACUUGGAGAACUACCAAAUUUGAAUUUAAUCGAAGUCUCAGGUAAUCCAUCACUACUUCCUUCAAACGACAUAAUCCGAGCAUUUCAGCAACAAAAGCCUGACCUAGAUUGGGUGGGAGAGUUGAAGAAUUAUUUGGUGGCCAACAGAAUGCUACUCAAUCUGAAAAUUCAAGAGGCUAUAGAAAAGUCGUCACAAAAACGACAGCAGCAACAGCAAGCACCAAAAGAUCAGACACCAGAAGUUUCUCAAACCACGAGUGAUGCAGCAAUAGCGAGAAGUAAAUCAGGAUCUAUAUCGACAUCGUUUUCGUCAAAAGCAUCAAGAAGAAUGGGGUUGAUUAUCAAAAAAUCAGACGAAAACAGCGACGGAUCUGCUAAAGAAGAUGCCAAUAAUAGUUUGAUUUCUGGGGCUGUACCAGAUCAUGUAACUGCAGAGGGCAUUCCUCGUGUUGAUUCACCGACAGACACCUCCUUCCAGUUACCAAAGUCACCGCCAGCAUCUACACCAGGAACAACGACACAAUCAACAGCAUUUUCAUCCAACACUUCCUCAACACAAGCUGUAUCCGCCACGACAUCCAGUAAUAAGAACCUAAGUGCGAAACAGACAUCAUCUGCACGGGCACGUUCAAACACUUUUAAAGAGAUUGACCGUAUGCUUGAAAAGAGCGAAAGUGUCGACACUGAGCGUAAAUCCAAUGCUUAUUUCAAGCGCUUGUCCACAUUGCAAGAACUCCCCACUGAUGAGUUAUCGGAGUAUUCUCAACCCAAAAAAUCCACACCAGAAGCCAAACAAGCCUCUGGCGGUGCGUCAAAAGCUAAUAUCACCUCUGCCAAUGAAAAUUCACCAAUCAAACCUCACCUGCAAAGUAAACCACACACCAACCCAGUCAUAAUCCGAGUGUCUCGAAAAAUUCUUUUUUCCUUCAGCGAACUACAUUCAUCUAUUCGGAGAUUCACUUCGUUUUGUUCAGAUAAGAAAGUCACGAUGAAAAUGGUGUCGUACCUUUAUAGUACAAAAUCCAACAUCGAUUCUUUAGUGGAGAAUCUUGAAAUAAUGGAAGAAUCCGGUGAUAACUCAGAACAGAUAGUACAAGCUUUACAUCAUUGCAUAGGCUCAUUCAAAUCGAUUAUGAAACUUCUCCAUGAGAAUAUUCAAUCUUUUGUAGGGAACAUAGAGGUUUGUUUUAUAAGAAUGGUCUAUUUGUCUGUGUUUGGAUCGUUGAAUGAAUUACAAAAUGCCUACUUGUUGUUAUGCCCUAAAGCAAAUUUAAAGUCUUCUUCCACUGAAAUGAAACAGAAGCUUUCCAUCAAUACCACAACAGAUGCCGAUGAAAAGUUGUACAGCACUGUUGAAUUGGCUACAAGCAGCACACAAACAAUAUUUUCCGAGUUGAAUAAAACAAUCAAUAAAGGUGCGACAGCCAGUGCCAAUGGAGGGGUAGUUCAUCCAACUGUGGCUUCCAAGAUUAAAGAACUAGCCAAGGUGUGUGCUGCCUCUCUAGACAUCAUCAAAAGGCUCAAUACAAAGUUAAUUACUAUCAGGAAUAAUCCAUCUGUCACCACCAAAAAGUUGUUUGCUGAAGAUAUUAAUCAAUUUAUCAAAACUGUGGUCCAGACUUUAGCAGCAGUCAAGGCAAUAGUUAAAGAUAUACCCAUUCUAGACGAUAUCCGUGCGUCAAUGUCGAAUUUGACAAAGACAGCAAAGGAGGUGACAUACUUUUUGGAAGUUUCAUCGUACAAGUCGUUGCUUCCGGAUUCUUCGUCGGCUGGUGUAUCCCAACAGCCGCAGUUGAUCUCGGUCCCUAGUGUAUCAAAUUUAUUCACACCAGUAGCUGCUCAUGCCCCUUCAUUACCUGGUAGCGGAAGCCAAACAGCCAGCAAUGGGCCAACCCCAAUACGCAAUCCCUCAACUAAUUCUAGCAUAACUACCACAACAUUAAUACUUCCUCCAUUGAACUUGCAAGAAAGUGCUCCUUUGACUGCUCCGGUGCAAUCUUCUGGUCAAAUGUUUGCAAAACAUGGAAUUAAUCCUUUUGAUGGGUUGAUCAUGGCAAGAAACAGUGAGAAUCAAAGUUAG